AACUUCAUGACAGACCACAUGAAGACCAAAACAAACUCAGAAAAGAAUAUUAUUAUAAAUUAAGUUUAAGUUUAAGUUUGUAAGAAUAAUAUCUAGACUGUAAAAUGUCGGACGACAAGUCCUCCAAGACGAACGGGCUAGGGCCCGAUCCUAUGCAGCGUUUGGCUUCUUUCAAACCACCCCGUGAUCUCACGUUGGGUGGGAUAAAAACCAAUAAAAAAGUGUUCACACCGAAUUUAAACGUGUCCAGGAACAAAAACAAAGGCCCAUCAAAACCACAAAACAAUCAGAAGAAAGAUGACAAAGAUAGAAAGGACAGAAGAAAUGAUAGAAACAAGAACUUCAGAAAUGGACCCAACAUUAUCAAAUCUAGUGGAGUGUUCUCAGAAGGUUUGGGCAGUGCUGAGCGGCAUUCCUCUCGAUCAUAUGGCAGGGAAGCCUCAGAUACAGUACAAACCAUGCAGAAACCUACUAUUAGAGUUAAAGAUGUUAUAAAGAUUGACAGAGAACUAGAAGAGCAGAAGAUAAAGUCAGUUUUUGGUGAGUCCGGCAACAUGGCUGAUGAAGACAACUGCGAGGACUUCAAGCAUGUACUCGAGAGGGAUGCUCCUAUCAAGCUACCUAUGGAUGAUGGUGGCUGGUCCAAAGUAAAACCGACCGUGAAGGUUAAACAGGAGGUGAUCGUCAAGCGCGAGCCGGAGGACGACUGCGUGUUGAGCGAAGUGGAAGAGAAACCUCGGCCGGACAUCAAGGAGGUGUUUGAGAACACUGAUGUAGUCAAUCUGCUGAGGAGUGAGAAGCCCACACUUAUAUUGUUACAGUUACCAGAUUCGCUGCCAGGCCGCGGUGGUAAGGUGGACGAUGACGCUCCCAGACGUAAGAUAAUAAACGAUGAACCUUCCACUUCGACUGGCGAAGAAAAGGAGGAAAAACCAGUGGACAACAGAUGUCGACUGCCAGAUUUAGAAGAAGGUCGUAUUGGAAAACUUUUAAUACAUCGGUCUGGACGAGUCAGCCUCGCGUUAGGAGAUACCAUGUUUGAAGUAUGCAUGGGAACAAAGGCAGCGUUCCACCAGGAAGUGAUGUCAGUGGGCACAGACGAGGCGUCGCGCUCCGCCAGCCUGGUGGCGCUGGGCGACCUGCAGCACAAGCUGAACCUCGUGCCGCACUGGGAGACCAUGUUCCAGCAUAUGUCUGUUUGAUGACAAAUAUAUUGUGUAGAAAA